GUGGUGGCCCCUUUUUGCGGCCGUCGGCUCUGUGAAUUCAUCGGAUUUUUAUCGGCCAUCGUUGUUAAUCUCCGCUCGUUCCGUAUGCCGCGGGAGUUGUGACCAUUUCGUUGCCGCUGGAGGCUGCGACCGCUAAAGAACUUACUCCCCGCGAAUUGAAUCGUAAGCAGUAGUUUCUCUGGUGGUUUCCGUGCGCUGUUAAUCUUUUGCAAAACUAGAAAAAAUAAAUGGAAUUGAAAGUUUUUCGAUCGGAGCUGAAGUUAGUAGCAGUCGUCGCCGCCGCCGCCGCCGCAGAGAACCAACGAUUGCGCAUUAAGCCGACGACGGAAGAAAGGAGAAAACACCUUACUGAUGCAGAUUUAAUGAAUUGAGAACCGGGAGACACGCGUGCAAAGUGAAUCAGAAACAAACCCGCUAGUUUUCCUGGAGUUUCGGGAAAUCACAAGAAUUUAACCGCGAGAACGUGCGAAGCAAGCGCUCUCCUAUUGGCCCUCGGUAAGAAGCGGUUCCGGUGGGGCGGCAAAAUGGCACGCCAUAUAAUGGCGGUGUGUGUCGUGUGUCUGCUGUGUGCAGAUCACGUGCGCUGUAAACAACAUUUCAGCGGUGCAGAUCAGGCGCCAAGCGUUGAACGCACACAGUACGAUCGCACGAACAAUCCCGCCUUCGACCACGAACAACACUGGUUACCGUACGGCGAGUACGAUGCGCCACCGAAUGGAGAUCAUCGGAUAGUGAAGCGUCAUUCUCAUCAUAGUCAUGGGUCCGAGGAGAAAAACCACGGCGAAGACGAGGUGGAGGAGGAACGUGCGGAGUUCGAACGGAAACUGAAUCCGAUGGUGAAGGAAUUUGUGAUGAAAAUAUUUGCCGAAUUUGGCAAUCCCGAAACGAUGCAAAUGGAUGGGAAAGGCUUCGAGCGUAUGAUGGAUCGGUUAGGAUUAUAUCAAAUGAUUGGCGGUGAGGCUGGUGCUAAAAUAACGACGAACAGUGGUGGGGGUUUGAGCGAAGCGACUGAGAGCGAUCGGCAGCUACAGAAUUCAGUAAAAUGCUUGAGUAGUAAUGACUUUCUAAGGCGCGUUACCAACGUGAAGGUACCAUCGGAAGAAUGGCAUAAGGAGGUACAUACUGUUAGUAAAGAUAGUGCAGCUGAUGAUAACAACGAUACCCAGCAGCACAACAGUAGCGACCAUAGCCUACAAAGCAACACUAGUGUAAGCAACGAAAGUAAUAGUAAUACUAAUAGUUCUAAUAACGAUCGUCCCAUCGACGAUCAUCACCAUCACCAUCAUGAGGAAGAGGAGGAACCAAGUGAAAGUACCGCGCGCAAUGCUUCGCAGCACAGAGGAACCAGCAGACUCGAUAGUCGUGAUUUGUACAAUGUAUGCCCGUUGAUACUAUCGCGGCUUCUCUCGGAAGAGCCACUAGCGCGAGCUGGAUGCUUUACACCGGACAGUGUUCCUGAGCUGCAGGUACGCAGCAGCCAGCAUACUCAUCACCAUCAUGAUGGGGAUUCGCACGAAUUGGCCGUUUGGGUGUACUCGUUUCUCGCCAUCCUCGGUGUGAGCUUGUGCGGAUUGCUCGGUGUGGUGGUAAUACCAUGCAUGGAUAAACACUUUUACCACCAUGCACUCCAGUUCCUGGUCGCGUUGGCCGUCGGUACGCUUUGUGGGGAUGCGUUGCUCCACCUACUACCGCACGCCAUGUUUCCUGAUGGGCUCUCGCUGGAAAAUGCCCACGAUCAAAUGAUGUACAAAGGAUUGGCGGCAGUAUUUGGGAUUGUGUUCUUUUACUUUAUGGAACGGCUGCUAACGAUGAUCGCGGAGUGGUACAAAGGCCGGGAGAAAAAAGAUAAACCCUCGUCCCGUGUGCGCGUAAUGCGUGAUCCGGAGUCGAAUUCGCUGCAUCUUGCGGCCGGCAAUGGAGAGAAGCAGUGCAAGCAUAAGUACAGUGCCUAUCCGUACUGUUACGAUGAGAUCGCCAUGGACACGAAGGACGAUCACCAUGAGCACAACCAGGUGAACGAGAACCACAACAAUGUGCUGGCCAAGUGUGCCAAUAGUCAUGGGGAUGAGCAGCAACAGCAACAGCAGCCACAUCAUGGUAACGAACAUAUUCCGUUGAAUCACAACAACAGCACUACGUCGGUUGCGAACAACCACCACCGUUCCGGCGGUACAUCCCAUGAUGAAACGAUCCACACGACCAGUAACAGCAUCGACAACAACACGGUCUCCAGCAACCUGGACGAUGGGUCGAUCGAAAGUGGAGAACCGCAGACGGUGGUCCCGCUGAAAACGGAAGCUACGAAAAAACUGCGAAAGGAAAAUUAUACCAUCAUUCUGCGGGAACACGAAACCAAACACCACGGUCAUUCGCAUACUCACGGACAUGUACACUCGCCCCCGGGAUCGCUGUCGGCCGUCGUCUGGAUGGUUAUUAUGGGCGAUGGAUUGCAUAACUUUACCGACGGUAUGACCAUCGGGGCGGCCUUUGCAAACAAUAUAGCUGGCGGUUUCUCGACCGCGAUCGCAGUCUUCUGCCAUGAGCUACCGCACGAGCUCGGAGAUUUUGCGGUGCUGCUGAAGGCCGGCAUGUCUGCAAGAGAGGCCGUAUUCUACAAUUUGCUUUCGUCGGUGCUCAGCAUCUUUGGUAUGAUCCUUGGCAUCAUGGUCGGUCAUCAACCGCAAGCUUCGGCCUGGAUUUUUGCUCUCGCUGCCGGCAUGUUCCUUUACAUAGCAAUGGUGGACAUGAUUCCAGAACUGACUUCCUCGCAUGGGGCCGAAGAACGAUGCAAACUUUCAGAUUUUGGUCUACAGUUACUAGGAUUAGUGGUGGGUUUCGGUAUUAUGCUGCUAAUAGCUAUGUACGAGCACGAUCUGAUGGAGAUCUUCGUCCAUUGAAUCGCAGCCACAUUGCAGCGCAUCAUCAAGCACAUUUAAUCGGCCAAGUGUAAGCAAACUUAGCGUAAGCUAUGGAUGUCUUCAGACUGAUAGUUUUGAUGGCCGAUUAGGAGUGAUCGAAAUUCAAACCCUUUUGUUCGUAUACCUUGGAGGUGUUGAAGAUUAAUGUGCAUGUACGAGCGGAUUUAUCAGAAACUUGCUCUUCUGUCCUGAAAUUCUUCUUCUCUUAUCGAAAUCAGUCAGCUCUAAAAGUACUUUGCUACCAAAUAGCCCGAUGGAGGCAAAAGCAUCCACCAUACCCGAAGCAGCAGCGAUUGUACAGCGUGUAAUUUUAGGGGUUAUCAGUAAUGCCACGAAUUGAACAGCAGCUAUUAUUCAUUAAUUUUAGGCACGUCGAAAGAUUAGCUUUACUGAAGUAAUGAUCCAAGGAGAACUGGUUGGGGUUCACGUUGUCACGGCGCGUGUCAGGAAAGGCUAGAGGGAUUGCUCAGCAAUCAUCAGAGUGUCUAGAAAAGCCAAAUCGAUUUUCAUAUUUCAUGAACGAUGUGAUCGCCACGAUAUGAAGAAAAUCUACUGUAUGUAGGGCCAAACUGAUGCCGAUAAUUCUAUAAUUUUUCUCAUAUCUCUCAACCACCCCGCCUGGUCUGUUCUUGUUUAGCGGUUAAGGACGAUCAUAACGCGAGUAGCAAAACACUACUUUGAUCGCUCCUGAAUGAAAAUGGAUAUGGACCGACAAGAAGAACGUAAUGGAUUGAGAUCAGCUGAACUAUUUAGCUAUUCACCAUAACAUAUAUAGAUACAAUUUUACAGGAGGGAAACCAUCUGAAAACAAAAGUAUUACCCAACGUUCUGAACACAGUUUCUGGUAUGAACGUUGGGCAAUUUGGGAGCUGCAACUGCAUUCUCUCUCGUUGCCCGAUAGCAUGAGCGAAUCAUUUUGGUUCGUAUCGUCGACUUUACAGCCUCUGCCAAUACAGUAGAACACUGAACAAAGCAUUGAACACUAGGCGUAUACUAUGUGAAGCAUUUUUCUCUUCUUUUUACUGCUAGCCCUGUUUUAUGCCAAUUUUUUCUAAAACUACUUUCCAUAGAGUACUAGCUCCUCUAGCAAUUUACUUUGCAAUAGAUUUAGAGAGACACCGGGAGAGAUCUGAUUAGCAGAUUGAACACAACUCAUAUACACUCUGCUAAAGUGGACUUUCUUAUCUACCAAGAAAACUGUUAAGUCUCGAAUCUCGGAUGUGUGUGCACAUCUGUCCAUCAUAUCUACAAAACCCAGCUUUGCGUAGGAGAUACCCACAAUGUACAUGAGCCGCUACGUGGUUGAAGCCAUCAGCUGCUCCCUUGUUUUAGCUUGCGUUGCGAUUACCAAUCUGGCCGAUUUAUUAGAUUGCCGUGUGUAGAUUAGAUCAUCAUCAUCAUCGCUCGCAUGAUUCGGAAAGCAGUACUUUAUCUGAACUAACGCAUGGUGUGUGGAAUUAACAUGGUCUUAAGCGGAACGCGUAACUGGCGCGUAUACUGGCGCGCAAUCGAACAUUGGUAUCAUAACUUUAGUUAGUUCCUAAGUAGAAUAACAAAUUUUUGUGUAAAUUUAGUUUUAAACGGUUUUGUUGUCCUUCUGUUUGAGGAACAUGCGAAAAGCAGAUCAGGCAAUGAGAGAAUACGUUUGAAAAGGAAUUAAAAAAAGGAAACUGGAACCAUUAAAAACAAUAAAGAUUUCACCCAAACUA